GGAGUAGUACGAGGACUUCUGCUUACCUGUCAGUUGUUGUCACUGCUAAAUUCAUGUAUAGAAAUCUUGUUGUUUGUUAGUUGCAUCCCUGUCCUGGCAGGAGGGACGAUCUUGAGCUGUUUAUAGUAUUUGUUUGAGGAUGGACAGCGAGGGAAGGAAAGUGGUGGUCUGCGACAAUGGGACAGGGUUUGUUAAGUGUGGCUUUGCUGGAUCCAACUUCCCUGACCACAUCUUCCCAGCCAUGGUGGGUCGACCAAUCAUACGAUCGAGCACCAAAGUGGGCAACAUUGAGAUAAAGGACCUGAUGGUGGGGGACGAGGCCAGCGAGUGUCGCUCCAUGCUGGAGGUGUCCUACCCCAUGGAGAACGGCAUGGUCCGCUGUUGGGACGACAUGCUCCACCUGUGGGACUACACCUUCGGUCCAGAACGCCUGAACAUCAACCCAUCAGAGUGCAAGAUUCUGCUGACUGAGCCACCCAUGAAUCCCACCAAGAACCGGGAAAAGAUCGCAGAGGUCAUGUUUGAGAAGUACCAGUUCCACGGCAUCUAUGUGGCGAUUCAGGCUGUGCUGACUCUGUAUGCUCAGGGUUUGCUUACCGGUGUGGUCGUUGACUCAGGGGAUGGUGUCACCCACAUCUGUCCCGUGUACGAGGGCUUUUCCUUACCCCACCUCACACGCAGGCUGGACAUCGCAGGACGUGACAUCACACGCUACCUCAUCAAGCUCCUGCUGCUCCGCGGCUACGCCUUCAACCACUCGGCUGACUUUGAGACUGUGCGUAUGCUGAAGGAGAAACUCUGUUAUGUGGGAUACAACAUCGAACAAGAACAACGCCUGGCCACAGAGACCACCUACCUGGUGGAGUCGUACACGCUCCCUGAUGGCCGACAGGUGAAUGUGGGAGGAGAGAGGUUUGGGGCUCCUGAAGCCCUCUUCCAGCCUCACCUCAUCAACGUGGAGGGAGCAGGAGUGGCCGAGCUGCUGUUUAACACCAUCCAGGCUGCAGAUAUCGAUCUCAGGGCAGACUUCUAUAAGCACAUUGUUCUGUCGGGAGGGACCACCAUGUAUCCCGGCCUUCCAUCCAGACUGGAACGAGAGAUCAAGCAGCUCUACCUGGAGAGAGUGCUAGACGGAGACACUGAGAAACUAUCAAAGUUUAAGAUUCGCAUCGAGGACCCCCCCAGACGUAAACAUAUGGUGUUCCUGGGUGGUGCCGUGCUGGCCAACAUCAUGAAAGACAAGGACUCCUUUUGGCUGAGCAGAGCGGAGUACCAAGAGAAAGGCCUGGGAGUGCUGCAAAAACUGGGAGGUGGAGUCAGAUAAUAAACAAAUGAAUAAAUAAAUAAUUACAUAACUAACUAACUAAAUAAAUAAAUGAAUAAAAAUUAAACUGAAAAAUAAAAUUUCACCCCAAUAUUUCACGUAAUCAGCAGUUUGAGACAUUUUUGACACUUAAAUCAAGUCUUGAUUCAAACUCAUGCCAAAAAAAAAAGAAAUUGCAUUUGUGUGAAAUUGUUUUAAAUGACCAACCAGAAACAGAACGUUCGGAGUGAAUCUAACGUCACAUUGCCUUGGACUUUCCUUAUG